AUGGCUCACGUUUGUGACAAUGGCAAGUGCUUAUGUUUCUCGAUCACUCUAGCUGGACUCGGAGAAGAGUGGUGGAAAAGACUCAAGCAGGGAUCAAUCCAAUCUUGGUUUGGAUUACAGUCGGUGUUCCAUAAGAAGUUUGUGGCCACCAUGAAAAUGGACAUGCAAAUGAGCGCGCUGGCCAAUGUCAAACAACAUCCAACGGAGACCCUCAGGGCUUACAUCCAGCGCUUCACAAAGGAGGCCUCAAAAACUAAAGUGGAUGACAGACAACUCCUGGGAGCUAGAUCCCCUCUCUGGGAUGACAUUGCCAUUCGGAUCCGCUGGGACCCAUGGGAUGGCAUUCAUGUCCCCGACGGUCUAUGGGCCCACUUCAAUAGGGUACGCUACAGAGUAGCACCCACCGGGUACAGUGCUACACCUAGUGGUGCCCAAACGCCUCAAACCGAAGGAGCUGAGGCAAGUGUAAACCAUUCCAGGGGAAAAAGAUCGGGAAAAGGUCAAAACCGAUCCAAGCCCUCAAACCUGGUUGACGAACCCCAAUACACGGAGUAUACCAAUCUGGUUGACACUCUGGAAAACAUCUAUUUGGCAACGGGCAAUGUAGUCCAUUACUGGAAGCCAGCCCCCGUGUUCAAAGGGAGAAAGAAUUCGAGGGACACCAACAAAAGGUGCGCCUACCACAAGGACGUUGGUCACACGACCAAAGAGUGUCAUCAGCUGAAGGAUGUGAUCAAAAACCUGAUCAAACUGGGGCAUCUCCACCAAUGGGUCAAGAUGCCAAUAGGGAUUCUUGGACUGCCAGCAAAUCCAAGACAACCUACGGCACCAGGUGCACCUAGAUCGUACCAACCUCCUCAGGGAGGGUAUGCUACAGGUUUAGGAGCACAGGCCCCCCAGGGGGCCCUAAUGGUGCAAGCACCUGGACCCGAAAUGCCAUAUCCUCCCGAAACUGCGCCUCUACAAGUAGAUGGUCACAUCGCCACCAUAUCAGGAGGCCCGCAUCUAGGAGGGCCAUCCCAGAAUGAUCAAAAACGAUACCUCAGCAAGCUCGAUCACAACCAUGAGGUAUGCGCCUUGAUCCAAACUCUGGCCCAACACCCGAAGUUGAUAAACCUGCUCAUCACGUUCACGGAAGAGGAUGCCCGGAACGUUCAUUUCUCACAUCAUGACCCCUUGGUCAUUGAUGCCCAAAUCACCAAUGAAAGAGUAUCUCGAGUGUUGGUGGACGAUAGGAGCUCCGUCAAUGUAUUGUUCAAGCUGACUUUCACAAUAAUUGGUUUGACCGAGGCAGAUCUGGCUUCAUGCCCAACACAGAUCUACGAUUUCAAUUGGGGAUUCAUUUCUUCCAAUGGGUAA